AUGACCAAGGCGACGAUGAAGGCAGAGGCAGAGGCACGAGAUGCUCUGCGCAAGGAGUUCCUGGCGAUGCAGGAAGCCGUCAAGAACACCGAGAUAUUGAUCCCAUUUAUCUUCUAUGACGGAACGAAUAUACCCGCAGGGAGCGUCAAGGUGAAGAAGGGGGACCCCGUCUGGUUGUUCCUCGACCGAUGCCGUAAGGUGGGAGCAGAGCUGGGAGUGGGUGGUAACAGCGGAGCCACCAAGGGACGCAGAGAUAACCGUCGUGAAUGGGCCCGAGUCAGUGUCGACGAUUUGAUGCUCGUCAAAGGAGAAAUCAUUGUCCCGCAUCAUUACGAAUUAUACUAUUUCAUCGCCAACCGUGUACCCAACUUCACUCAAGCCGGUGGGCUGCUGUUCGAUUAUUCCAACAAGCCUCCUCCAGCCAGCGAUAAUCCGUUGUCGAACCCGAAUGGCGAAGAACUUGAAGGAGCCGACAAAGAUCCCUCGACAACCAGGGUGGUAGACAGACGGUGGUAUGAGCGAAACAAGCACAUCUUCCCGGCCAGUCUAUGGAGGGAAUAUGAACCUGGUCCGGAAUUCGAGGAAAAGAUGCGUACGACAAAGCGUGAUGCGUCUGGAAAUACGUUCUUCUUUUGA